GCUCUCCUUUUGCCACUACUUUAUUGUACUCAUUAACUUGCAGUGGUGCAGCUGCGCCGACGCGGCGGAGAAAAAAUUGCUACACGAAUUGGUAUGCUGUUGUUGUUGUUUGAUUCUUCAUUCACCGCGUCGUUAAAUUGAUCGGGGCAGUAAUUUCCAAUCGCAUCCUCCGCAAAUCCACCAACUUCGCCUCCCGAAUCCCUCUGCAUUUCCUCCACUGUUUCUUUGUCUCUUUCGCCGUCUCUUCUUUGUUUUUUUGGGAUGCUUUUCUUGUCUGCUCGUUGAUUUAUUUUUUUGCCGGAGCGGGAGAUGUGCGGCGGAGAAAUGGGAUGAAUCUGGGUGAGAAAAGCAGCUGGAUCUGGAAGAACGGCUGCUGGAUGAUCAACUUUGGGAGGAAGAACGAUUUCUGCUCACGAAAACAAGCGUGUUGGAUUGUCUGAGAAGAUUGAUUGCUACCUCCCAACUUCAGGAUGGUUCUAUAAGCCAUGAAGUCGGAAGCACACACUGCAUGAUCUUCAACUUCUUUCUCAUAUGCUUCAUCAAAAUGUUGUAUCAUUAAUGUCUGCUACUGAAAUUGAUCUUCUUCGUUGUUGGAAAUCCUUUGUUGAGCAUAUGUGAGAUUGCAGAAGAUUUUAGUUGCCUUGGUAACAGUCAACAUGGCAACAUUGUCAGAAGCUGAAUCCAGACGCUUGUAUUCAUGGUGGUGGGAUAGUCAUAUCAUCCCCAAGCACUCCAAAUGGCUGCAGGAUAAUCUUGCAGACAUAGAUGACAAGGUAAAAGCCAUGAUCAGACUUGUAGAAGAAGAUGCUGAUUCGUUUGCGAAAAAAGCAGAAAUGUACUUCAAGAAACGUCCUGAGCUUAUGAAAUUGGUAGAGGAAUUUUACCGUGGCUACCGGGCGCUGGCAGAACGAUACGAUCAUGCGACUGGGGCACUUCGUCAGGCUCACCGAACUAUAGCUGAAGCAUUUCCUAACCAAACUCCUUUCGACUUGUUCGAUGAGUACCUAUCCCUGGAUGCAGAGACAAAUAAUCCUGAAAUGCCGCAAGGAAAUUCACAUGCAAAUGAUGCAGAUAAUGAUCUUGAUGCAACUUUCAUGGAGAGUGAGGAAGGCAAAGUUUCAGAGUAUAGAUUACUUCAGAAAGAAAUAGUGAGGCUGUCGACUGAAAACCAGGAGCUGAAGAAGCAAAUUAGUUUGGAAUCAGCACGUGCUGAUAAAAAUGAAGGUGAAGUUCAACGCCUAAAAGAGAUCUACUCUGCAGCAAAAUUUGAAAAAGAAGAAUCACUUACUCGAUAUCUGGAGUCUAUGACGAGAAUAUCUGACUUGGAAGAUGAAGUCUCUCACACCAAAGCUGAGCUUAAGAAACUCGGUGAGGAGAUGAUCUUAGGAGCUACAUGUUUAAACAACACCGAGGAAUGGAGGCUUGCCUUGGAGAAGGCUAAUCGAUCAUUAAAUUUGGAACUUGACCUCCUAAAGAAAAAAAUGGAGCAUCAACAGGAGGAGCUAAACCAAAAGGGGCUGGAGCUGGAAAUCCUCAAUGUCUCCUUAGAAGAUAAAGAUCAAAGAAACGUGGAAGCUGAGAUAGCUUGCCAAUUGAUUAAAAAGAGGCAUACCGAUACCCUUGAAGAGAUGAGGCAUCAGGUACUGGAGCUCGAAAUGGAAGUUGAGAAACUGAAGGAUGUGGAUGAAGAACUUAAGAAGAUCAGGGAGGAGAAUGUGAAGCUAAUUGAGGAACAAUUUUCGUCUUCUCUAAAAAUAUUUAGCCUGCAGGAUGAGAAUUUUUUCCUGAUGGAUUUGAAAAGGAAACUUGAAGAUGAAGCUGAUCUUCAUAUGGACGAAAAGGAAGCUCUUCAGAUACAACUAGAUUGUCUUACACAAGAAAGAGAUGAUUUGGUAGUUAAGUGUCAUGCACUUACAGAUGAACUUCAGGGAGUUAAUUUAAAUGUAGAAUCCCUUCAGACCUUAAUAGAGGAUUUGAGGGAUGCAAACCUUGAACUUAGGGAUACAAUCAUGGAAAAUGAGGACAAAAGAACUCUUUACAUGCUUAACCUAAACCAUAAGCAAACAAUGUCAAAGGAGAUUCAAGUAUUAGAAGCUACACUUUCGAACGUAAAUGCUGAAUUAGACAGAUUAAGAAGGAAGGUAGAUGAAUUAGAAGACUCCUCUGCUCAUUUGUGUGGUAGGAUAUCCAUAUAUCUAGCUGAAAAGGCAUCACUUUUGUCACAGUUGAAGGCUGCAAAUCAGCAAAUAGAGAAGCUCUCAAAGAAAAAUGCAUUCCUAGAGAACUCCCAAUCUGAUAUGAAUGUUGAACUCGAGGAUUUGAGAAGAAAGUUGAAGAGUGUGAAAGAAUCCUGCAAGUCUCUUGGCAAUGCGAAAUUAUGUCUUCUUUCUGAGAACAGCACGCUCAAAUCGCAGGUUGAAAGCUUUAAACAGAAUCUGCAGAGCUUGGAAGGCAGGUAUUCUGAGAUAGAGAGCAAAAGCACUAACCUAGAGAGGGAGAAAGAUUCAAUCCUUCGUCAAAUAGAAGAACUUCAAGAUUUAUUAAUCAUGGAAAAGAAAGAAAACCAUAACAUUUUUCAGUCUAGCAAAAUUCAACAGAAUGCAUUAGAAAAUCAGAUAUUGCACCUUCAGGGACAAGCUAGGCAAUGGGAGGAGAAUUUUCAAAUGGAACAUCACCACAUUGUAGAUGCUCAGAUCGAAAUUUUCAUAUUGCAGAAAUGCUUAAGCGAUAUGAGAGAGGUGAACUUGAACUUAUCGUUCUCAUCUCAAAAACAGGAAUAUGAAUUAAGAUGUGCUGAGAAACUUAUGCUGAAGCUUGAGCAGGAAUGCUUGAAACUGGAGAGUAAGAUAACAUCUUUAACAGAACAUAACACGAAAGUAAGGGACUGGCUACACGUGAUAAUAAGAUCACUUAGGAAGGAUCUUGAGCAUGCUUCUUUAGACAAUAGCGAAGAUGAAUUAGUUUUGCAGCUUAUUUUGCGUGAACUGAAACAAAUGCAACAGACUAAUUCAGAGGUCCAGGAUGAAAAGCAGUGUAUGUUUCAGGAGAAAUCAGCUGUCAUUAACCUUCUACAGCAGUUUGGGAAGUAUGUCACAGAACUAAGAGAAGAGAAGACCAUUCUUGAGAGAGAAUCUGAAGUAAGAGCAGAGAAUCUUACCUGGGUAAAAUGCAAGAAUGCUGAAAUCCUUGCAACGAGUGAACUUCUGAGGAACGAGAUGCAGGCAAGCAACGAACGAGAAGAAGCCUUGAAAAUUGAAGUGGAUUUGCUAUUCAGACAGUUAGCUUGUCUACAAAAAACUCACAGCACAUUACAAACUGAUUGCUUUGAGGCACUGGAAGAAAAUAAGUCUCUCUGUAGGAAGCUGUAUAACUCGAGAGACAAUGAUGACAAACUGGAAGAGGAGAACAAUCUUCUUAUGGAAUUUAUUGCUUUGGACUGCCUUUCUGUGGUGUGUAGGAGUCUUAUCUCAGAGAUAAAUUCAGCUCUGAAUCUAUUGAUUAAUGAAAAUAACAAUCUCCACAAGUCCAACAGCAAGCUUGAAGUGGAGAACACGCUCGUCAAUGGGAAAAUAGUAAUGCUUGAAGAUGAAAACACACAUCUGAAGGACUCGCUGGCUGACUUGAAAGAGUGCAGAGGUGAUUUGCUAGAAGUCCAGUAUAAUGUCAAUCAUGCUAUAAGUGUUAGUGCAAAAGAACAAAUGGAAAUUCUCCAGGAGGAAAUCACAGUAAAAAAUUCAACUAUACAUGAGUUGGAGAAAAAGAUUUAUGUCCUCGAAGGAGAAACAACUGGACUAAGAAGCGAUUUGAAUGAGUAUUCACUGUUUUUGGAGUCCCUCUGGGAUGACAUUGCAAUCCUAGAAGAUCUCACACUUUCCCUUGUGAGGCGGUAUUCUACUUCUACUUCAAUAAAUACGAUAAAAGAGGAGGAUGAUCAGUUUCAGUCUUCUCUCUAUACCAAGAGGGGCCAAGAAGAAGAUAAGGAAGAAUUUAGUGCCACCGGACCUAUGGGACAUCAAAAACUGCAAGAUUUGCACAACAAGGUGAAGCUGCUUCAGGAGGCUGUGAUGGAUACAGGAAAUGUUCUGGUGCUUGAACGAUUAGAUUCGAGUGCUAGUUUGGAUGCUGCAUGGAAAGAAAUUGAAGGGUUAAAAACGACAGGAGCCUCCGACAAUGACAUCGCUAGAUCAAAGUAUAAGCAGCUCAUGAGCGACAUACAAAUCGAUAUCGUUUUGAAUUCUCCAAGGUACAAGAACGGUGUUCUUUCCCAUGGCCUAAGAAACUCUAAAGAGGCUGGUGAACUGUGGGGAAAAUAUGAAGAGGGGUGCAGCACCCAAAAUCAGAGCUACCGAACUGCAGAAAUGGAAGGAAAGCUAUUUGAGAAAGAAUGCAUUGGCAAGCUAGAACUCCCUGAGAAAGUAGAAUCAUGCCGUGACUGGAACAGAAAGGUCUUAGAUAGACUCUUUUCUGAUGCACAGAGGUUGCUGCUUCUGCAAGCGAGUAUAAAGGAACUACAGAAGAACAUGGAAACACCUGAAAGGAUCAACCAGCCUACUAGAUCAGAGCUCAAUGCCAUCGGCAUGCAAUUGAAAGACGCCGAGGGAACCAUAUCAGAGCUCAGUGAAGUUAAUGGUAAUUUGACAAAGCAAGUGGAAGACCUUUUUGCUUCCCCCGAUGAUCAGUCAGAGAAGAAGGCUAGUCACAGCAAAAGGCAGAAGCAAAUCUCCGACUGGGCACAGAAGGUGUCUGAGAAAAUCGGAAGGUUGGAAUUGGAGAUGAAGAAGAUUCAAUACGGUUUGCUGAAAUUGAAGGAUGAAAAUGCAAAUAAAAGAAUGAGGACGAUGAAACGGAGGGCUGGGAUUCGCCUGAGGGAAUACAUCUAUGGAAGGAGAAACAACAGGAGACAGAAGGAAGGUUCUUCCUGCGGCUGUUUGAGGCCUGCAGAGAACAGUGACUAACCCUCGUCCAUGCUUGUUUUAAUGGCUUUUAUGUGCUUCUUUAUGUAGUUGUUAUCGUGAGUUGAUUUAGGUAAAUAUAUGAAAGUGCAAUGUCAUUUACUAAUUUGAGGGUUUGUAUAUUUAUUGUAGCUUUCAUGUAGGUAAGAAACUUAUGGAGCUCAAUUAUCUAUUUGUAUGGAUUUUAUGCA